AUGGCUUCCCAAAUGCCAAUGUUCAUCGAAACGCCCGUUGCCACGAUCCCUCCUCUCCAUAACCGCCUGCACAGUACCUUCUCCACGCUCAAAACAUACCCGCUCGAGUACCGUCUCGAGCAGCUAAAUAAGCUCUACUGGGCUGUCAAGGAUAAUGAGCAACUCCUGGCCGAUGCACUACAUGCAGACUUCAGGAAGCCUUAUCAUGAGGUCUAUCUGACGGAGAUCAACUGGCUCGAGAACGUGGUACUCGGCAUCAUGAAGAAUCUGAGGGAGUGGGCGAAGGAUCAGCCGAUCAAGGGUGUACCGAUGACGAUGAGUUUAUUUAAUAAGCCCAAGAUGAGGAGUGAGCCGUUGGGGGUCGUGUUGAUUAUUGGACCCUCAAACUUCCCAGCCCAGCUCGUUCUGCAUCCUCUCAUUGGAGCCAUUGCCGGCGGCAACACUGCCGUAAUCAAGCCUAGUGAGCUCACCCCCAAUACCUCUGCGAUCGUAACUCGCAUUGUCGAGGCCCUUGAUCCUAGCGCAUAUAGCGUCGUCAACGGCGGUAUUCCACAGACCACGCAGCUACUUGACCUUAAGUGGGAUAAGAUCGUGUACACUGGGAGUACUCGUGUUGGCCGCAUUGUCGCCGCUGCGGCCGCAAAGAACCUUACUCCCGUGCUACUGGAGCUCGGAGGUCUUAACCCCGUAUUCGUGACUGCCAGUGCCAACGCAACCAUCGCUGCCAAACGCACAGCCUGGGGCAAGCUCCACAACGCUGGACAGAUCUGCAUAGCACCCAACUAUGUCCUCGUGCAUCCGUCGCAGGAGCAGGCGUUCGUUCAGGGCUUUAUCCAGGCUAUUUCUACGUAUCUUCCCAAUGGCGCCAAGGGGUCACCAGACAUGGCUAGCAUUAUUGAUGGGCGCUCGUUUGAGCGCGUCAAGGGGCUGCUUCAGACUACCAAGGGGAACAUCCUGUGCGGUGGGGGGGUGGACGAACACACGAGGUUUAUUGAGCCGACAUUGGUCAAGGUGAGUGAUGUGGGGGAUACGCUGAUGAAUGAGGAGAUCUUUGGGCCGGUACUGGCAAUGUUGGUAGUCGAUAAUGUCGACGAGAUGCUCAAUAUUGCCAGAGGCAUUGGGGAGACGCCGCUGGCGAUGUAUGUUUUUUCAUCAGAGAAAGAAGAGCAAGAGAAAUUAAUGCGUGGCAUGAAAUCCGGCGGCGUCACAAUCAACGACGUGAUGCUUCACGCUAGUACGACAGACGUCCCCUUCGGCGGUGUCGGCGAGUCUGGCCACGGCAAGUAUCGCGGCCGUGAUACCUUCGAAUCGUUUGUGCACAAACGCCCUGUAUUGUCGCAGCCCAUGUGGAUUGAGAAGCAGCUGCGGUUAAGAUACUCGCCGUACACGCCGGAAAGUCUCAAAAUGAUCAAAUCGAUGCUGGGGGACCCAAAAUCACCGUAUGGUAGGGACUGGGAUGGGAAGUCGGCGCCACUUUGGUGGAGAGUGUUGAGUUUUGGGGCAGCUGAUACGAAGGGUAUGUUGUUGAGGUGGGUGGUUCUUUUGACAACGUUGUGGCUUGGUAAGUCACUGGUGGCAGGUCUUGAGAAAUAA